AUGGCAGCAGUUGAAGCAGUGUGCUCCCGAUGCCAGGGUAAGGGACAUCGUGCUGCUGAUUGUCACCUACCCUUCUUCCGCAGCUGUGAGUACUGCAAGACUGCGGGUCACACUGCCAAGGAGUGUCCGCUCUUGCGACACUGUACUUACUGCAAAUGCGAGGGUCAUACCAAUCGCAACUGUGCCAAGCUACUGGCGAAAAGAGCCAAGGCACGAGCGUCAGAUGAUUCAAAGAGUGAGACGUCUGAGGCCAGCAAUGGUCAGUCUGGUGUGAGCACAGCUUCAACAUGGGCAUCAUCACCUCCCAAGAAACAGCAGUGGAAGCGCUGGACUGAACCACAGAAGCCUCGGAUGCAAGCCUUGACUGAAGAUGAAGAAAAACAGGCACGCAAGGUCGAGAAGAAGCUGCGCGAGAUUGCAGCUUUGGAAGCUCGGCUUGCUGAAGGUGAAACUUUGGAGGACUUGCAGCAGAAGAAGGUUGACAAGAAGUCAGAGUUUGAGGACUGUGAGGUCAUGCGCAAGUUGCGCUCUGGCUAUAGACGAUGUGAGCUACCAGCCAAAAGCCUGAUUGAGGCAAAGUAA